CGGAAGUAACGUCAAAAAAACCAACCAAAAAAGGGACACUCUCGGUAUUUACAGAAGAGCUGGAGAAGUGCAUGCGUUCUCGUCUGGGACCUCACCGCGACCUACAAACGGGCUGCAACCCGAAGAGUCAUGGCGCCCUUGUCUCUGCCCCUGUCGUCUCUUCUGAAGCACAAGGACUGUCUGCGGAAGGCGAAUGUAUUUUGCAAUGUCUUACAGAGUUUACACCAACGGCCAUUCACAUCUCGCUUAUGGAAACGGAGUUUCGGUGCGGUAUCCCAUGGAGUCGGUCAGUUACUGUCACACCAACCCAGAUCCCCAAACUACGCAGCAUCUGUGUGUCGCAGCUCUUCAGGCGGCCAGGACAUGACCGAGAGGCUGCGGUCUGUUUACAAUGAGACCAAAAGGCAGACUGAAGAUUUGGUCCCAGCCAUUUGCACCAACUCAAUCAACCCUGACACCAUUUUUGCAAACAAUGAGAUGAGCCUACGAGACACGGAGGUCUACGGCUUCGACUACGACUACACCCUGGCUUUCUACUCCAGGAACCUGCACACCCUCAUCUUCAACAUAGCACGGGACAUUCUCGUCACUAACCACAGGUAUCCAGAGGGUCUGAGAAAUUAUGAGUAUAUUCCUAAUUUCACUGUGAGAGGACUUCACUAUGACGUUCAGAAGGGACUGCUGAUGAAGAUAGAUGCUUUUCACUACAUCCAGUUGGGAACUGUAUACAGGGGUCUUCAUCCAGUCCCUGAUGAGGAAGUAAUUGCCAUGUAUGAUGGUUGUCAUGUACCUCUCGAGAACAUGAGCGACUUCUAUGGCAAGAGCUCCCAUGGCCACACCAUGAAACAGUUCAUGGACAUAUUCUCCCUGCCUGAGAUGAAUCUCCUGUCUUGUGUCAAUGACUUCUUCAUGAAGCACAACAUCGACUAUGAGCCAGUGCAUCUCUACAAAGACGUAAAGGAAGCCAUUAGAGAUGUUCACGUCAAGGGCAUCAUGUACCGAGCUGUGGAGGCAGAUAUUGAGAAAUACAUUUGCUAUGGUGAGCAAAGCCAUGCUGUGCUGAAGAAGCUGUCAGAGCACGGAAAAAAGAUGUUCCUCAUUACCAAUAGCCCACUUGACUUUGUGGACCGAGGAAUGAACUACAUCGUAGGGAAGGACUGGCGAGACCUGUUUGAUGUCGUGAUUGUUCAGGCUGACAAACCUGGUUUCUUCAACGACAGGAGGAAACCUUUCAGGCGAGUGACAGACAAAGGUGCAUUGCUGUGGGACAGGAUUCACAAGUUGGAAAAAGGGAAGAUCUACAAACAGGGAAACCUUUACGAGUUCCUGAGACUCACCGGCUGGAGAGGAUCCAAGGUGCUGUACUUCGGGGAUCACAUCUACAGUGACUUGGCAGAUCUAACGCUGAAACAUGGCUGGAGGACGGGCGCCAUCAUCCCUGAGCUGAGGAAGGAGAUCAAGAUCAUGAACACGGAGGAGUACAUGCACAUGAUGGCCUGGUUACAGGCGCUGACUGGGCUUAUCGAGCAGAUGCAGGUACACAGGGAUGAAGCGUCUCAAGCUGUCGUGGAGGAGUGGAUCAAAGAGAGAGAAGCCAUGAGGUCACAGACGAAGGACAUCUUCAACCCUCAGUUCGGGAGUCUCUUCCGGACGUACCACAACCCCACCUACUUCUCACGCCGACUCUCGCGCUUUGCUGACAUCUACAUGGCCUCCAUCAGCUGCCUGCUCAACUACGACUUCCAGCACACCUUUUUCCCUCGCCGUACUCCCCUGCAGCACGAGGCCCCCUUCUGGCCUGAACACAGUCCUGCUAGUAUUAGCGUCUCCUCACAGCUCAGCAGGAUGACCGCAGACUCCGAUAAUUAAUUCAUUUUUCAAUUUGAGAGAUAUGGAUUUUUAGAAGAUGCAUGCCACAUGUUAAGAUAUGUUUAACUGGUAACAAUCCCGUAGGCUGUUGAUGUUAAUUGAGCUUUAAACUAAUUAGUUACAAACUUCCCCUCAAAGAAUUCAGUCUUUAAGCGGACCAGUGGAUUAGUGCUAUUUCAGCAAAAUGACACUUGGCCGAUAGAGCAGUGUGAUGUUUUUAUUUAAGACAUGGACACUUUGUACAUUUACAUUUUUGUCACACAGAAUUAGAAAUAUUGAAUGCACUGAUUGUUUUAGAGUUGCGUGUAUAUGUAUAUAUGUGUGUGUGUGAGAGGUACAGUGAGGAAUUGUGCAAUGAUGCUGUAUUUACACAGUCUAAACACCAGGGGGCAGUCACGCAUCAUGUCUAUCACAUGUCUGUAGUAUGAAUUGAAGAUUACCUUUUUUCUAUCUUUUGCAUCUGUAAAACUAUAUGAGACUGUCAGUGAAAUGGGAAUACUCAGAUGUGACAUUUACGUUACAAACUCUGUUGCCUUAAUCUACUUCGUCACAUUACUGCAGUGUGUAUAUUUUUGCAAUAGUUUAAUGUAAUCUGUGUUAAUGAAGCUUUUCAAAUGUUGCCCCUUGGUUGAUCUCAUUUGGAACCGCCCAUUGUGAUGUGAUACAUGCUGCACAUUCAUGGUCUGAGAUCUUUGUAUCUAAUUGUCUGAACAGGUUCCACACAGCACAGCCUGUAUGUCUAAUUUUAGCACGUGAGAAAUGUUCAUAUUUGUCAGGAAGAAAAAUAGAACGUCGUUGCUCUAUUUAGCAAGAGAGUUGCUAGUUGAUCUGUUAAGGUGGCAUUGAGUUUCAUUGAGUUCCACACUUUUCACAAAUGCGUGAAUUGUUUUUACAAUGAAGGCUUGAAAAUAAUGCAUUUGACAUAUAAUCUGGAAAUGGGGAACUCUUUAAUAUCUGUGGCCAAAUGGUUUAUUUGUGUUUCUGUAGUUUAAAAUAUGAAGUAUAUUUUUAUUUCACUGUUUAUUAAAAUGGAUU